CUUUUCUAUAUAUUCCUACCUCUUUCUUAUAUAGAUAGAUAGAUAUAUAAAAGGGAAAGCCGUAUUUAAUCAAGUCUGUUAUAUAUAUAUAUAUUUUUUAAAAAAAAAAACAUUUCAUAAAUUCACAGAAUGGCUUCUCAAGUAGCAGGUUACCAGAUUCACGCGUCAAAUCUUUUGGAUCUUAGUUUAGAAGAAGCAUUGGCAAAUGCUAUGCAUGCUGGCUCAUUACUUUCUGCUAUCGUUCAAGCACUGAACCAUAAGGAGCUCGAAACAAAUGAAAGUGCAAAGGAUGCCUAUGCUGAAUGCCGCAAGUUAAGGGACUACCUGGCUGAACAACUUUGGACUGUUUCUGACACAGACGGUGUAGCAAGUAUCCAGGCAGCUCUGGAUGCCUUGACGGAGACAGUCGACGAUUAUGAACAGAAGCAAUCCGGAUACUUUAAGGAAACCAUAUUUUAAAAAGAAAAUAUAUAUAUAUAUAUAUAUAAAUGUAUCAAUUCAAAAACAAAAUAGUUUGGACAGACUAAAAAGUUCAAAUGCCUUACUAACUAGUUCUUCUUUCAUUGUAAACUUGAGUUGAGAAGAGUAUUAUACUUAUAUAUAAAAAAAAAGGUGAUGCCUAAAAAAAACCUGUAAUAAAAUAUUUUCACAUGGUAAAAGAUAUCCAUAUGAACU